AUGUGUGCCGACUGCCGUCCGUCAGCGGGUAGGCAGAGGAGGGGAGGAAAAGUGUGUUUACACAGACGGCAGAGCGCCUGGGGAAUCGUCGGCGAGAGGAAGUGAGCCGGCUCUGCGUCUGCCUGCUUCUGACUUCCUGCUCCGAAAAAGAAAAAGAGGGCAGGAUCCGAUUUCAAGAGCAGCACAAGCCGUGUUGUAGCAAGCAUGGACACACAAGGAAUCUCACCAGCGUCGCGCUAAAGUUCCUCGGACGGGGAAGAAAGGCCACGGAAGUGAUCGCAGCGAUGGACAGCGCCAUCACCCUGUGGCAGUUCCUGCUGCAGCUGCUGCUGGACCAGAGCCACAAGCACCUCAUCUGCUGGACGUCCACGGACGGCGAGUUCAAGCUCCUCAAGUCGGAGGAGGUGGCCAAGCUGUGGGGGCUGCGCAAGAACAAGACCAACAUGAACUACGACAAGCUGAGCCGAGCCCUGCGCUACUACUACGACAAGAACAUCAUCAAGAAGGUGAUCGGCCAGAAGUUUGUCUACAAGUUUGUCUCCUUCCCCGAGAUCCUGAAGAUGGACCCCCAGAUGGUGGAGAUGGGCUUGGCUUCCGGAAGGUUCCCCCUGCAGGAAGGAGAGGCCCCCGAGCUGGACGUGGAGGAGGAAGAGGAGGAGGAAGACGGGGAGGAGGUGCAGAGGAGGACGCUGGCUGUGUUGGGGAUGCAGCAGAACCGAAACGACUACCUCCGCUCGGGGCUGUACUCGUCCUUCAGCAUCGCCUCCCUCCACAACCAGCCCGAGCUGCUGCGGGCGCUGCGGUGCGAGCGCCAGGAGGAGCCGCGCUCCGUGAUCCGAUUCGGCGCCAACGACGGGAGCUCGCCCACUGACGCCUACAUCUCCGCCGCCAGAGCGCCCAUGCGGCCUCCUCGCUCCCCCGCCUCCCCGAACAAGCAGGCGGGCCAAAGAUGGAGCUCCGCCGUCCAUCAUGAUGACGACGAUGAGGAGGAAGAGGCGUCGGAGGAGGAGGAGGAGGACUCUGAGCAGGGUGCCCAGCCCCUUAACCUCUCCUCCGGGCACCGGGAGCGAGCCCGCCAUGCUCCUGAAAAGAGGAGCAGCACCAGUGGCGGUGGAGGAGGAAGAAGCAGCAGCUCCUCCUCUUCUAGUUGUAGUAACCAUGGAGACGGACUCCCGCCUAAAAACAAAAAACCCAAAGCUCUGGAGAUCUCCGCCCCGUCCCUGUUAUUGGCGGGGAGCGACAUCGGCUCCAUCGCCCUCAACAGUCCGGCGCUGCCCUCUGGAUCGCUCACUCCCGCCUUCUUCACCGCACAGACUCCCUCCGGUCUGCUGCUGGCCCACAGUCCACUCUUGUCUGGCAUCCACUUCUGGAGCAGCCUCAGCCCCGUGGCCCCGCUCAGUCCGGCCCGGCUGCAGGGCCACGGGUCCUUGUUCCAGUUCCCCAGCCUAAUCAACGGACACAUGCCUGUCCCCCUGCCAAGCCUGGAAGGAACACCCUCCUCCUCCUCCUCGCUCCUGUUGCCCGGCGCCCACAAAUCCUGAUCCAGGAAGUCUUGGUCCAUAUCUCACGGCUCCUCCUGGGACACUCGGUGACCUCAUUUUGUCUAGUUUUUGCACUUGGGUUGCAGCGGUCGGAAAGCACUCGGUGGAAAGCCAUAUUUGUGGAGGCACAGCUCGCUGCUGACCUCCAGCGAGACGCUCAUUCAUAACCUUCUUCUUCUUCUUCUUCACUUUCCUGACCUUUGGUAUGUAACAUAUGCACUAUGCUUCUCAGAUAGUACCGGCUGUGCCUUAUUCUUCUGUCUCCUACCCUUCCUCCCCCUCCUAAAUAUUUCCAAUUCAAUGAAAACCCUUUUUUAGUACUUUCUUUUUUUGUUUUAUUUUAUACUGGACGUGGUAUACAGUAUGUAUUCUGUACAAUUUUGUAUUGUGAUGAAUGUCAUUCAUUUUCAAUAAAAGCAUUGAAUGCAUUUUUAACGAGGAAA